UUCUCUAUAAAGAUACUACAGCACAUUUCCACCUCUCUGUCCAGAUAGCUUCCUUUUUCCUUGCUCUGAAAAAAGAAUGGGGAACUGCCAAGCUAUUGAUGCAGCGACUCUGGUUCUGCAGCACCCGUGUGGGAAAGUGGAGAGAUUCUAUUGGCCCCUGACGCCUCGUGAGGUUAUGAAGAUGAACCCCGGUCACUAUGUGGCUCAGCUCAUCUCCACCACCUUGUACCAUUCACAGCCACAACAAACGCCCAAUGUCAACCCUGUUCGCUUAACCAGGAUCAAGCUCCUCCGAUCCACGGAUGCGCUUCUUCUCGGCCAUGUUUACCGCCUCAUCACCAUCCAAGAAGUGAUGAAGGGUUUGUAUGCGAAGAAACAUGCAAAGAUGAACAGAAACAUACAAUCUACGCCGGAGAAGCCUUAUGAGAAGGCUGCUGUUGGUCGGAUAUCUGAAGCGGAUAAGGCGAGCAAACAAGAAAGGCAACGAUCGAGGUCGACAACAUCGAGCAACUCAACCGGCAGAUCAAAGACAUGGCAGCCUUCAUUACGCAGCAUCUCCGAGGCUACAAGCUGAGGACAUUUUCAUUUUCAUGUUUCUUGCCCCCAUUAAAUUGCUGCAUAAGAGACAUAAAACCCCCAAGCUUCUUUUUUAAUUAACCUGUAAAAACCAAUACAUGCAGUUUCACUCUCUUUAGGAUCCAUAUAUAGGCUAUCAAACCCAGAAAAUCCCACCCCUUUCUUCAACCUGCAGAUCUGAGCUAUAUGCAUAAUUGUACAUC